UAUCUGCGGCGCUCUUAAGUGCGACGCCAUUGAUGGCGGGCCUGAGAUGACUCCCGACGACAAGGCCUUCUCGCAAAUCAAAUUGAUUGGCGCUCCUCUAUCGCUCUCUCAAGUCAUCCUUUAUCCGCGAGUCUUGAAAAUAGAGUACGACGAAACCAGAGCUCACCUCAAGUCCACACAAAUCCGAUGCUCCACUCAUAAGCUGUCGGACGCCAAUGCUUUGGCAUAUCUUCUAGAGAAUGGCUUUUAUAUUCUGCUGUUUAUACCCAACACUAUCGGAGGGCACAACCAAUUCUUAAGUGCUGUUUUCGGUUCACACGUGGACUCCAUUUCCAAAAUACAACCAGAAUUA